AUCUUUAAUUACAUUAUCAUCAAUAGAAUAACAUGACGAACAGUUCUCUUUUUCUUAAAUCUAAAGAUACAAAAAAAAAGUAAAUAUAAAAGAAGAGUGUUUCGCUAUUUUCUUCUCACUUUUUCUGUGACUUCUCUCUUUCCAGCCGUUUCCUUUUUCCUUGUCUCUCUCUGAUCAUGGCUUCCUCUGCAUCACCUGGAGUGAAAUUUGUGCCAGAAGAGGAUAACUUCUUGCAGAGACAUGUGGCCUUCUUUGACCGGAACAAAGAUGGCAUCGUUUAUCCCUCGGAGACAUAUCAAGGGUUUAGAGCAAUCGGAUGUGGCUAUCUCUUGUCGGCAUUUGCUUCUCUGUUCAUCAACAUGGGUCUAAGCAGCAAAACUCGUCCGGGUAAAGGUUUCUCCUUCUCAUUUCCCAUAGAGGUUAAGAAUAUUCACCUUGCCAAACAUGGCAGCGAUUCAGGCGUUUACGAUAAGGAUGGCAGGUUUGUGGCAUCAAAGUUCGAGGAGAUGUUCGCGAAGCAUUCAAAGACACAUCCCGAUGCUUUGACGGGGGAGGAGCUCGAACAACUACUCAACGCAAACAAAGAGCCUAAUGAUCGCAAAGGAGCGAUUGCUGGAUAUACGGAGUGGAAGAUGCUGCAUUAUUUGUGUAAAGACAAGAACGGUCUGUUGCACAAAGAGACAGUGAGAGCUGCGUACGAUGGUUCUCUUUUCGAACAACUCGAGAAACAAACAGCUUCUAAGAAGCAUCCAUAAACAAACUCUUAUAUGCUUUGUGAAUCUGUUUUAUUUGUUAAAAACUUUGAUUACAAUGGGUUUUAUUUGUUAAAACUAUAGUUUUUUAUU